CCGCGUCAGCAGGCCCCCGGCCUAGUACAUGCUGUUGCGGUCACAGACAACCGUCAUGGAUCAGAGGCCCGGUGAAGCAGACGAGGCCUAUCAGGCCCGGAUGCUGGCUUGGAGUAUCGAGACAAAGAAACGGGCAGAUGACGCAGCUGCAGCAGCGAAAAAGAAGGCAGAGGAUGUCGAGCAGGCACGUCUGCUGGCGAUUGAACAACAGCGCCAGUAUGACGAGGCAGCAGCAAGGGCUGCCGAUGAAGAGAGACACCAACGUCGAGAGAAGAUCUUUACCGGAGAGCAGGCGUUACUUACAAUGGCAGCGGAAUGGCGGAACGAGGCCGAGAAUAGCCAGUUGGAGGAUAGCGCAAACAAGAUAGCGCUCCUCCUCUCGCAUCUCACAGACCUCCUGGCAACAUGCAUUACACAGCAGGAGGAGAUCCACGGUCUCGACAACUCGCUAGCUCGCGUCCAAGACCGCCUUCAGCGGCUGGAGCAGCGACCAGUCGCCGCCGCCGACGCAAGCUCUUCCAACACUUCCGACCGCCUCAACGCAUUGGAGAUAGACCUCCACAACGUCAAGGAACACAAGCACCACGCAUACUUGUACUCUCGCUCAGGGGGCGCGUGUCAGGCUUGGUUGGACAACCUGUUGUCCAAGUACGGAGUGGUAGCCAACGACUUGCACACCAAGAUCAGUUGGGAUGAUCUGAAGGCGGCGUGGCACAAGCGGUUCCAGGUGGAGCAGCCAGAGAUCAAAGCCAUGGACAAGCUCAUGGUCUUCGAGCAAGGCACGCUGCCGAGUACAGACUGGAUCGCCGAGUACCAACGAUUGACGUCAGUCCCAAACAUCCAGAUGGGCUUCAAAGCCAUCCACCAUUACUUCAUCUCAAGGUCAUGUCUGACAUUAAGCAAUGCCCUGACUCAUGUCGAGGACACCUUGACGACGACGGCGGAGUUGUUUGACAAGGCCGCGCAGAUCAUCAUCACGAACAAGGAGGCCAAGAACCUCCGUUCAUCUGCGGCAGGCCCGAGCAGGGACCAACAUCGGCCAAGAGUGGCUGUGGUUGCAGCGGCAGCGCCGUUGGACCAAACCAGCGAGGCUGUGUCUGCCGACGCAGGGUUGCCCAUUAAAAGGCAAGGACAGACAGGUAAACUGAGCACCGCCGAGAGUGACUCGACGACACUCUCGACGCCUUCGGAACCGGUUUCUUCGCGAGUAACCGGCCUUCAUUCCAAGGUGCACGCGAAAGUCGAUAGUCCGCCUCUUCUACUUUCUUUUGAGGACUAUGUUGCAUGGCUCGUUCCUACGCUUGGUACUCAAGCUCAAGGACAAGGAGUGUGUACGGUUUCUUCUCCGUCCGGCAACGGCGACGUAUCGUCUUCAAGUGGUUCUUCACGGGAUUCGGCACGCGAGUUCAACAUAGAGGCAUUGGACCCGCUCACGUCUGAGGACUUUGCAUGGCUUCCUCUCCCGACCACAGGCCGCUUGCCGGGUUCGCAAUGCGCAACACUUAGCGCUAAUCUCCACACUUACUUAUCCUUCCAUGCACCACCAACUUCGCCGACGGAUAACGAAGUUGCGGUGGGGGACAUCCUGGCAUAUACUACCGAGGUGACCCGCGAGUUUCGCACGCAGCGGUACAAUGACAACAACGCACCGCUCAUGUAUGUCCGCAUUCAGGUUGGGCAAGCGUCCUGCAGCGCUUUGCUGGAUAGCGGCACGUCUCGCAAUUUCAUGAGCCAAUCCUUUAUGCAAAGGGCUGGCCUUGGCACACAAGUUCGGAGGAAGGCAAACCCGACGGUGAUCAAGUUGGCGAAUGGAAAGACGCAACAACUUCUCGACCGUUAUAUCGAGGCCGUACCGGUCUAUUUCGCACCUCAUGGAUGCGAACCGGUGACAUUCGAUAUUCUCGACACGGACUUUGACAUCAUUCUGGGAAUGCCUUGGCUUGCAAGUGCGGAUCACACGGUCAACUUCCAUCGGCGGACUCUUAGCGUUCGCGACGCCUUCGGCACGGAAGUGGCGUGUACUAUUCCUCUACCGCACACUUCGAUCCGGUGCCAAGUGGUGACGGCCAAAUCAUUCCGGCCGACUUGCGCUUACGAGCAGCCCGAGGAGAUCGGCCUAUGUUUCCUACGGACCGUCGCAGUAACCGACUCUUCACCCACGGACUUGUCUUCGGACCCCCGUGUGGUGCGGUUGCUGGACGAGUUCGCCGACAUCUUCGAGUCACCUACCGGUGUGGUGCCGGAUCGGCCGAUCUCUCACGAGAUCAUUCUUGAGGCCGGUGCCGUGCCGCCGAAAGGUUGCAUUUAUCGGAUGAGCGAGGAGGAACUUGAGGUCCUCCGCGCACAACUCGAUGAUUUGCUGGCCAAGGGCUGGAUUCGCCCUAGCAGCUUCCCAUAUGGAGCACCAGUUGCGGCAAUGACCAAUGAAUUCCGUGCAAUGUUGGACCGGUUCGUGCUGGUCUACUUAGACGAUAUUCUCAUCUAUAGCCGGUCAUUGGAGGAUCUUCUUGGGCAUCUUCGACGAGUGUUGGAGACGCUCUGCCGCGCCAAGUACAAGGCCAACCGCGACAAGUGUGAAUUUGUCCGGCAGGAGCUGGAAUACUUGGGCCAUUUUGUCACACCGGAGGGCAUCGGUCCGCUAUUGGACAAGAUUCAGGCCGUCCAGGAGUGGGCGGAGCCUCGGAAUGUCACGGAUGUCCGCUCGUUCCUCGUCCUCGAGCAACAUGAUGGUGUGGACUGGCACCCGGUCGAGUACUUCAGCAAGAAAGUGCCCAUCGUGAAUUCCAUUGACGAUGCACGCAAGAAGGAGCUCCUCGCCUUCGUCCACGCUCUCAAGCAGUGGUGGCACUUCCUCCUUGGUCGAAGCCAAUUUCACUGGGUAACGGACAACAAUCCGUUGGUUUUCUACAAGACCCAAGACACCGUCAACAGCACCAUCGCUCGAUGGAUGGCUUUCAUCGACCAGUUCGACUUCUUUCCCGAUCACAUUCCCGGGAAGUCGAACGUUUUUGCGGAUGCUCUUUCACGACGUCCGGAUCAUUGUACCGCGGUCUACUCAACCUUCGAGAUCGACGACGACCUGCGGAACAGCUUCAUCCGCGGCUACCAAGCCGACCCCGAGUUUCGCGACAAGUACGCAAAUUGCUCCUCUCCUAAUCCGGCUCCUUCUCACUACCGGAUCCAAGAGGGAUACUUGCUUAUCCACACGCGGGGAAAGGACCUUCUUUGCAUACCGAGUGAUCCUCACUUGUGUACACGGCUUCUUGGCGAGUUCCACGAUGCUCCCGCCAUCGGACACUUUCCCCGACAUGCGAAUUAUGAUUCCGCUAGAUUGAUCUUGAUGAGCUCAAUGCGCUCUUUGUUAAGGUGGGAUUUCCGAGGCGACCCUGUUCAAAAUGGCGAAUGGCCCUUGAGCACACGUGCGCUGUGAGUACCUCCACCUCCCCACCAAGUUUCAACUCUGCUGUUACCAAUCAUGAUAGUCCUCUCUCCUUCCUCUUUUCACCAGUUCUCCCACCACCACAGGUUUUGUCUUGGCUUCGCUUCCUUUGGAGGUUUCCAAGUUCACCCUGCAUUUUUUUUGCAACCUCCAACUGCUUGCUGCCCACCCACCCACCCACCCACCCUUACCAGCCGCUGGUUAAGUAUGCUCACUCUCAAAGGCUACUUCGUAUGUGGAGUACGAUUUGUUACAUUGUGUGCUAAUUAUAAUAAUUACCUCAAAUGUCGUACUUUCUUCCUCCGCCUGCCCCUUUUUCCCCCCCCCCCCCCCCCCCCCCCCCCCCCCCCCCCCCUGCCCCUGUAACGAAGCUCUUAUCCAUGCACAACUUGAAUGCCCAGGAACGUUGUGUUCGGGCGGAGGAGGUAACUCUGUGUGCGAUGAGUAAAUCGUGGGGGUAAUG